CCUUUAUGUUAGCGUUUGCCUGGGGCCCCCAAACUGCUAUGUCCGCCCCUGCUUGAGCUUUGAAACUCCUCUUUUUAAAGAUCCUAAAAUCACUUUUUAAAUGCAGAUAAGACAGAUGGAGGUCCUGCAGGAAGAAGAUUGGUCACGGAUGGUAGGGUGACCUCCUCUGCACACAUUCUCCUGCAGCACCCCCCCUCUGAUUCAGCUGGUUUUAUGAACCGGGUGGGUGUGCGUGCAGCUCCAGUUACAGCAAAGGAAAGGAAAUCAUUGUAAAUCCCAUUCACUGCCUCGUGCAUCCUUUUGACAAGAUAGCAGAGAAGUAGAGAAGUGAAUUGGGGGGUGUCCUUUUUUUUUUUUUUUUUUUUUUUUCUGUCCCGACCCUCUGCGCAGAUCAGCUGGGGAGCUUCACCUGAGCGCCCCCCUCCUCCUCUGUCUCCCCUCCCCUCCAAUUUGUCAGGAUCUUCAUCCAGAUCACCUUCUCUUCACUUUCCAGCAGCUUUUGACAAACAACACCACCCGAAGCCCCCGCGCUUCUGGACCGGAGAUCUGGAGAUGAAGGCGGAUUUUACGCUUUUCUGCCGGACUUGGAUUGGAAUAGUUUACGCUUCAGGUCUGGUGGUGGGAUUGUCAAUGAGUCCGCCAAUCCUCGACAGCCCUGGAGACGACCUCGUGGUUCCAGUCAGCAACACACUCUCCAUUACAUGCAGGGGACAGCACACUCUGGCCUGGGCCUGGCCUGACAAAGCUCUGGCUGGACAGGUGGUACGUGAGCACCAACACCAGCUGUCGACCACCAGCAUCCCCCAGGAGAGAGUGGCCUUAAUCAGCGAGUGUCCCGGGCAGCCGGGAAGGCCGUACUGCAAGAGGCUGGUGCUGCAUGGAGCACAAGGGAAAGAUACGGGCUACUACCAGUGCUAUCAUAAAGAUGCUAAAGCCAUCGUUGAUGGAAUCACUGCUGUCAGCAUUUAUGUCUUUGUCAGAGACCCCGCACAGCCUUUCCUCAUCAGAGACAACUCCGGCGGCAGCAGCGCAAACAACAUGGAGACCAUUUUCAUCAAACGCCACUCCACUCACGUCGUGGUGCCAUGUCUGGUCACGGUGCCAGAUCUGAACGUCACUCUCUCCUCGCUUACAACAAGUCUGGACAUGAAGGGGGUGAUGUGGGACAACAAGAAAGGCUGGUCUAUUCCCAGACACGCUAUUGACGACGUGCCCAUGAUCAUCCUUUCCUGUGCCGCUACGCUAGAAGGAAGAGAGCACUACUCCACCAACUACCUGAUCCACCCUAUAGGAAGUCAGGUUUACGAUGUCAAGCUGUUUCCUGAGGACCCCGUUGAGCUGUUGGUGGGAGAAACCCUCACCCUCAACUGCACUGCAAUGGUGGAGUUCAACACUGGGGUGGACAUCCAGUGGUUCUAUCCUGGUCAAAAGCAGAAGAGCAGUGGCGUGGAGACCAAGCAAAACCGAGAACCUUUGUCGCACGCCACAGCUACCGUCCACGCCCUGACCAUCUACAGUGUCAACGUCACGGACACUGGGCCCUACGUCUGCAACGUCACCAGCAUGGAGAGCUCACAUACUGUACAGACUCAAGUCAUAGUUCAUGAAAGACCAUUCAUCAGUCUUGACUACAGAAAUUCGCCGCUUUUGGAAGCAACUGCUGGGCAAAAGUCUUUCAAAUUACAAGUGAACGUGUCUGCGUUCCCCACACCUGAAACAAAAUGGUAUAAAAAUGGAGAGCUGAUAAACCAGCGGCCGGAGUUCAAGAUGAAAAGGUUGAAGAUGCACUCUAACCAUGCUUUGGAGAUUAAGGAAGUUUGUCAGGAGGAUUCUGGGUUGUAUACAGUGGUGCUGAAAAACAGUGCUGCUAUGCUGGAGAGGAAGCUCAACAUCACGCUGCUGGUUAACGUUCCCCCGCAGAUCCAUGAGAAAGAAGCGGCGGAUCCGUCCAGUCCGUACCCCAGCGGCAGCAGCCAGACGCUCACGUGCACUGCUUAUGGUGUUCCCACUCCAGACAUAAGCUGGUAUUGGAGAACCUGGGGGCCCUGCGUUCUGAACAACAGCCAGACCGAACAGGCCCGACAUGACAGGAAAGGGCGGAGUGAUAGGAUUGCAAACUGUCAGAACUGGCAGCGCAUUAAUACAGGAAACAACAUCAAUGAAAUUGAAUCUAUUGAGACGUCGGUGGAAGUGGUGGAUAAACGGCAAAAGAUAGUGAGCAGGCUUCACAUUCGCAACGCCAGUGUUUCUGUCAUGUACAAGUGUUCGGCUGAAAACAAAGUUGGCAAAGACGAGCGUCUGAUCUACUUUUAUGUGACGACCAUACCUGAGGGCUUCAGCCUGACUGUGCAUCCCUCUGAAGAUCCCCUGGAGCAGGAGAAGGUGUCUCUGCGCUGCACCGCUGACAACUACACCCACGAUCAGCUGCAGUGGUACCUCCUGAACCUGCAGGCUCUGCAGGACCAGCAGGACAAGCCUCAGGAGCUGGACUGUAGGAACGUGCACCUUUACGCCAAACUGCUCCAGGGCCAGCCUUCCUUUCAGGAGCAAACCAACAGCUGGGUGUUGAAUUUUUCCAUCGAAUCCGCGCAAUUGCAAGAUAAGGGGCAUUACGUGUGCAGGGCUCGGAGCAGACGCAGCGGGGAGAAACACUGUCUGUUCAGAUACAUCUUUGUCAGAGCCCUGGAGGCGCCGCGCUACAAACGCAGCCUCACCAACCAGACGGUGAACGUGACCGAGUCCCUGAGAAUGGAGUGCGACGUGGAGGGCCGACCUCUGCCCUGGCUGUCCUGGUUCAAAGAUAAUCAGCCUCUCCACCAAAUGUCAGGGAUCCAGCUGCAGGAUUCCAACCGCACGCUGAGCAUCCAGCGGGUUAGGGAGGAGGACGCCGGCCUCUACACCUGCACCGCCUGCAACCAGCGAGGCUGUGUCCACUCCUCAGCUGCUGUCAGGGUCAUCGGAUCAAACGACAGGGCCAACGUGGAGAUCGUGAUUCUCAUCGGGACCGGAGUCAUCGCUGUCUUCUUCUGGCUCCUGCUCAUCCUCAUCUUCUGCAACGUGAAACGGGUUAACCCAGCGGACAUAAAGACAGGCUAUCUGUCUAUUAUAAUGGACCCUGGGGAGGUGCCGCUGGACGAGCAGUGUGAAUACCUGCCCUAUGACUCGUCGCAGUGGGAGAUCUCCAGAGACAGACUCCGGCUGGGAAAGGUUUUAGGUCACGGCGCCUUCGGAAAGGUGAUUGAAGCUUCCUUCUACGGCAUCAGCAAGAGCAGCAGUGUGGAUACAGUCGCAGUGAAGAUGCUCAAAGAUGGAGCCACAGCCAGUGAACACAAAGCCUUAAUGUCGGAGCUGAAGAUUCUGAUUCACAUUGGUAACCAUCUGAAUGUGGUGAACCUGUUAGGAGCCUGCACCAAACCAAACGGUCCGCUCAUGGUGAUAGUGGAAUACUGCAAGUAUGGGAAUCUGUCCAACUUCCUGCGGGCAAAGCGAGAGUUCUUCCUUCCUUACAGGGAUCGGUCUCCCAAAACCCAGAGCCAGGUGAGGCGGCUGAUCGAAGCGGGCCAAACCGACCAAAGAGCUCGUCAUCCGCUUCCUGCACCCUCCUCCCCACCCGGCAGUCCUCAGAGCGCACCAUCUAAGGGUCCCGAUCAGAACAGUGCGGUUGAGAAAAUGGAGGACUUGUGGAAAACUCCGCUGACAAUAGAAGAUUUAAUUUGCUACAGCUUCCAGGUGGCGCGCGGGAUGGAGUUCCUGGCUUCCAGAAAGUGCAUCCACAGAGACCUGGCCGCUAGGAACAUUCUCCUGUCGGAGAACAACGUCGUGAAGAUCUGCGACUUCGGCCUGGCCAGAGAUAUUUACAAAGACCCCGAUUACGUCAGGAAAGGCAAUGCUCGCCUGCCUCUAAAGUGGAUGGCUCCUGAAAGUAUCUUUGACAAAGUCUACACCAGUCAGAGUGAUGUGUGGUCUUUUGGGGUCCUGCUGUGGGAGAUAUUUUCACUUGGUGCAUCUCCGUACCCCGGGGUGCAGAUCGAUGAAGACUUUUGCAAACGGUUGAAAGACGGCGUCAGAAUGAGAGCACCGGAGACCGCCUCCCCGGAAAUAUACGGCAUCAUGCUGGCCUGCUGGCAGGGCGAGCCCAAAGAGAGGCCGCCGUUUCCUGCUCUGGUUCAGAUCCUGGGAGACUUACUGCAGGACAACAGCCUACCGGAUGGGAAGGAGUACAACCCCCUGAAUCAAUCCCAGAGUUCUGAAGAUGAUGGCUUCUCGCAGGCCUCAUCGCGCCCCCCAUCGGAGGAGGAACUGAGACUGGCUUGCAAUACUCUGCCAACGAGCAGGUAUUACAACUGCGUGCCCUUUGCUGGCUGCGUCUUCUUGGAGCCCGCUAAAGCAUGUCAGCCCAGAGUGAAGACGUUCGAGGAGUUCCCCCUGGAGAUGCAUUCCCAGAAAACUCCUCAGGAAAACCAGACCGACAGCGGAAUGGUUUUGGCCUCGGAGGAAUUUGAAAGAAUCGAGCACAGCCACAGGGGAGCCAUCCUAAAAAGUCGGAUGAGCAGCACCAGCAGCACCGAGCCUCUGACCUCCUCCCACUGUUCCCUGGGUCAGAACACCAGCAGCUCCCGACACCGGCCCAGCUUCUUCAACCAGCUGUCAGGGCAGACCUUCUACAACAACGAGUACGGACACCUGUCCGAGGAGGGCUUCCUCGACUUCUACUCUUCGCCAAACGCCCCCUGCCUGGCCUCCUCCAACGUCUGAACUCCCCCCAAAAGAAUAACCAGAGCUGGCGUCUCCUUCACAUGAACUGAACGUGCUCUAACCAGCCACUGGGUGGCAGCACUGCGAUUCCAAAGUAUUUUUUAGUCAUUCAUUAUUUUAUGUCUUUUAUAUACAGAGUAUUCUUCCUCUAUUUUUGCAAGUUAUACUUUAUACAAGAAGAAAUAAAGACUUUUAUCCUCCAGUUCUUAUUAAUAUUUAUCUGAGUGUGUUUGGCGGCGGACCAGUUGAGGCGAGAGCGCCGCUCACUAGAUCCAAGAUGCUGAAGUGUGGCGGCGGCAACAAAUGACGACUGACGGUAGAAGAAUGUAGGCCAGCUGAGGAGGUGAGUCACGCUAAGAACCUCUCAUCAGGACGUAAUCACGGGGAGCGCAGUGACGGCUUAAAGCCGCUCGCUUCACAGAUGACUCCCUGCUGGGCGUCGGCUUCAUCUGCAGAAAAUGAGAGGAUGCAAAGUCCACCUCUUCCUCAGCAGAGAGUCACACGAAUCAUCCCUGAAGGGGGACACCGAUGCCAGGUCACUUUGGGACACCGCCGCUGCUACAGGAUAUGAAUUACUAUCGCUUAAUUAUCUACCUUUAAUGACUAUAUUAAUGAAAAUGAAGUCAAUACCUUUAAAAAUGAUUAAAAAAAAAAAGAAACGCAAACAACAAUCUGAAAUGUGCUUUUACUGGGGUAGGAAACAGCACAACACAUAAAUCCAAGGCGGAAAUGGGCGUCUUUUCAGGCAGAACAGGUUUGUUGUUACCAAACUUCAACAAAGAAAUAGAAACAGUAGAAAGAGAUAGAAACCUUAGAAAAAUGGAGCACAGGGAGACACCUAAACCAGACUUUUCAAAAAGCCCUUAUUACGUAAGUAAAGUAGAUCAAGGCAAACGGGGUGAACACUGAAGAUAAAAAAGAAAUUCUGACUUUUUUUUUUAAAAAGAAAUCACUUUCAGUUUUGGUUUUUAACUAUAAAACAAACAAAAAAAAAAAAA